UGACUGUUUACCUGAAGGAGGUCAGGUCACACAGGUGGGGGAGCGAGCGCUAGUGUGGAUAAGAAGCUUAGCUGAUUCCUGUCAUUGCCAGCGUUUGAACGUUUCGGGUAGACUGUCAGGGUGCUUGUGGUCAGUGGCAACCAACGGGCAGACAGACUGGAAGAUGUUACUGCUGAUGGUCUGUGCCUUGAUGGCAACGGCAACCUGGAGCCAAGAGUUCGAGCCACGAAGCUUUCUUCCUCCAAAUCCCUACAUUUCAUCACCGGCUCGAUUUGAUGGGACCUACGUAGGCCCUAUCAGUACCAGGCAGACAUACAGGAGUGGAAAGUAUCUACUAACAGCUCCCCAGAUAGCUAUCCCAGGGUUCAAUUUCACGAUGAUGUUUGAGUCGUUCAUGGACGAGCCAGUCAGGCUACAAGCUCGAAUUUAUUCCAGAACCUACGACAGUCUGUCCAGGAUAUUUACGUAUCCUACUGUUGUGACAACAUCCGGUUCAUUUGUCAAAGGUGAGCGUGGAGUGCUAGAUUUGCCCAUCCCUGCCAACCUGAUGCCAGACAACUCCUACUACUGGGAGGUGGGUUGUGACACCUGUACCUUUUUAAACACGGGUGGAACCCCCGAGGAACAUGCUACUAAAUACUACCUCAACAACUACCUCAGCGUUAAGGGGGACGUGACCACCAUCCUGGUACAGACAGACAAGGCCAUUUACAAACCAGGCCACAUCGUUCACUACAGGGUGUUUGCAGUUUAUCCAGACCUACAGAUGUACACAGGAACAUUUCAGAUCGAGAUUCGGGAUCCAAACCGUAACAUCAUUCAGCGACUGUCGGAAUCAUCAGGGAGACAGGGUGUAGUGGAAGGGAGUCUUACCUUGGCCGACAAGCCUCUCUUUGGCGACUGGACCAUUUCAGUGCAAAUUCAGACAACCACCCGUACAGACUCUUACUCCAAAACGUUCACAGUGCAAGAAUACAACUUGCCGAGGUUUGAAGUGACGGUGGACGUACCGUCCUACGUCCUGACUACGGACGAAGACCUCAAGGGCUCGGUUAAGGCCACCUACACGUUUGGACAACCCGUUAAAGGUCUGGUAGAGCUUCAUGUAUCCUCCACACAGGGGCUGGACUAUUGCGGGAAAGAACCUCGCUUCAUGCAGAUAGCCUUUGAUAUCGAUGGCGAGGCAAAGUUCUCUGUACCCAGGGUGGACAUCGCUCGGGUAACCAGUACAAACGACGGUGACAGUAUCAAGGUGACGGCCAUUGUGAAGGAGACGUUGACGGACGUGAAGCUGCAGGGGUCGGCGGUGGUGACCUACAGGAGCACGCCGUACAAAGUGACCAUACUGGACAACACGCCUGGUGUCUUCAAGCCUGGACUUCCAUUCAGUGUCUUCGCCAAGGCUUCAAUGCAAGACGACAGUCCAGUGGCUGGUGCCACCACCAUGACCAUCUUCACAAUGGCUCACUACAACAUCCCCGCGGACAACAGCUUCCUGUACGGGGUGUCACAGUUCACGGGUACCUACCCGUUGCCAGUAAGGACGAUUGAUGUUCCUCCAUCCGGUGUAGUCAAGAUCGACAUCGACAUCCCCUCCAACGCCACCUCGCUUGACGUCACUGUGGAUUUUAAAGGUGUGACAGCCAUCAAGAACAUUUACAAAAUGUUCUCUAUCAGCAAUAAUUAUCUGCAACUAACCCUUCUCGACAAAAACCUUAAGAGUGGACAAACAGCCCGCAUUCAGGCGAAGGCUACGGAGCCCAUUGGUCGCCUGUGGUACCAGGUUCUUUCCAGAGGAAUAGUCUACGAAGCCACCAGCGUGGACGCUAAAGGUCAACACUUGCUGGUCAUUACCAUUCCAGUGACCCCUGACCUGGCGCCAACCGCCCACAUGAUGGCCUACUACGUGCGCCCUGACCUAGAAAUCGUGGCGGACAGCAUCGCCUUCAACGUCGAUGGAAUCUUUGAAAACGAGGUAACUCUGGAACUCAGCACCAACAAAAGCGAGCCGCACACUGACCUGGAUGUCUACCUCACCGCUGACCCUGACUCCAUGGUCUACUUGCUCGCUGUCGACCAGAGUGUCCUACUCAUGAAAACCGGAAACGACGUCACACCAGACGAGGUGGCAGACGCAGCUGCGAGCUACAGUGUAGGCAAGAAGCCAUCCGACUCCGAAUUCGCUCUUUCCCUCAGUCAGCAAAACAUCGCAGGUACCAUCCAGGGAGCCGGUGUUAGUGUUCUCUCGGAUGCAAAUCUUUAUGCGACUUCUGCUCCUACAGGUGAACUACCAAAGGAUCCAUCAAUUUACGGACCUGAUGUACAUGUACUAGCCACCCUACCACCACUCCCUAAUCUAUUUCCAGGUGGUGUGGAUUCGGGGUUUAUGAGACCUGAAGCACACCUGCCUAUGUUCUCUACAACGCCAUCGCUCAACGGACUUAUGGGAGGCUCUAUGGACGCACUGAAAAAUCAGCCUCUACAGGAGGUAGAGCGGGUGCGCAACCUGUUCCCCGAGACCUGGCUCUGGCUGAACCAGACAGUCGGACGCAAUGGCACGGCCACGAUUCACACCACAGUCCCAGACACCAUCACCUCCUGGAUCACCACAGCCUUCGCCACCAACCUGCAGUCUGGCCUGGGAAUCACUUCAUCUGCUGCUAAGUUGACGGUCUUCCGCUCCUUCUUCGUGAGUCUCACCCUGCCUACGUCAGUCAUCAGGGGAGAGUACGUUGUGGUGCAGGCCAGCGUCUUUAAUUACCUCCCUUCAGACGUGUCGGUACUGGUGACACUGCCAGCCUCUCACGAGUACUCCAGUGUCGUCAUCACGUCCGAUGGAAGUGAGGCGAUUGAUUCAGGAGACCAAGAACGUGCAGUGACCGUGAAGUCUAACGAGCAGGCUGUGGUGUACUUCCCCAUCAUCCCCACGGCCCUGGGAGCCAUCGACAUCGAGGUGUCCGCCAGGUCCACGCUGGCUGCUGACGCCGAACGUCGACAACUCAACGUUGAGGCUGAAGGCGUGCCCAACGAGUUCAGUAUCCCGGUCUUUAUCAACCUCGGUCCUAACGGUUCGGACACCUUCACCCAGACAUUCCCCAUCACCGUGCCUAGCGACGUCGUGGAAGGUUCCUCCAGGUCACGAAUAAAGGUCACAGGGGACAUUUUGGGACCCAGCGUUGAUGGUCUCGACACUCUUCUGCGCAUGCCUACUGGAUGUGGCGAGCAGAACAUGAUCAGGAUGGCGCCUAACCUCUACGUCUCCAAUUAUCUCAAGGCCACAGGACAGAUGACCUCUGACCUUGCAAUACGAAUCAAGAAUCUUCUAGAAACAGGCUACCAGAGAGAACUCACCUACCAGAGACAAGAUGGCGCCUUCAGCACCUUUGGGAACAACGACAACUCUGGCAGCACGUGGUUGACGGCGUUCGUCCUCCGUGUGUUCCACGAGGCGAGGUCGGAUGUUUAUGUGGAUUCUGCUGUCCUUCAGAGAGCCAUGGACUGGCUGAUACAGCGACAGAACACUGACGGCUCCUUCAACGAGUUCGGACACAUCUUUGACCCACAGAUGAGGACAUUUGGCGACCAUUCCUCGGGUCUGACGGCUUUUGUUCUCCUGGCUCUGCUGGAGAAUGCUGACGUCCCAUUGACGAUAGUUCAAAAGGAGGCUUACAACAACGCCACGUCACGUGCACUCCACUUCCUGGAGACCACCCACGCCAACAUCGCCGACGACCUUUCCUUGGCUCUCACCACCCUGACUCUGGUGAAGGCCAGAAGUCCUGCUGCUGAUGUGGCAUUCGCCAAGCUGAUGUCUCACUCCAUCACAGAGCACGGGAUGACAUUCUGGAAGUCAAACGAGACACUUGCUAUCAACGCCUACAGCCACUGGCGUCCAGCCUACGUACGCGCUCGACCAAUCGACAUCCACGUUACAUCCUACGCGCUGUUGGUGUUCGCAGCCAAAGGCCUGUUCCAGGAAGGAAUGAGCGUCCUUCACUGGCUAACUCGUCAGCGAAAUCCCUACGGUGGCUUUGCUUCUACACAGGACACCAUGGUUGGCCUGCAGGCGAUGACCGAAUUCUUGAAGGAAGCCACUCUUUCUGGAUCCGACCUUCACCUGGACGUGAGGACUGAGCACACUGUUCCCCACUUUGACAUCAGCUCCACUAACAGUCUCGUACUUCAAGCUAAGGAGCUGUCGUAUAUUCCAUCAGAAGUAACAUUUGAGGCUUCGGGAAGAGGCGUUGCUGUUACCGAGCUGGACGUGUUCUUUAAUUCAGAAUCAGACUUCGGCGAACCAGCUUUUGGUGUGUCUACAGUUCUCAUGGACGACUACCUUAAUAGCUUCAAGAUCAUGAUCUGCACACGGUGGCUGUCUGCUGGAGAAAGUGGUAUGGUGGUGCAGGAAGUAGGAAUCCCAUCAGGCUUUGCGCCGGAUAUGACGAGCAUAGGGAACGUGGCCGGUCUGAAGCGUGUGGAGCAGCGGGGACGAUUCCUCGAUGUCUACAUCGACAAGGUCACCAAGAACUCACUGUGCUACACAGUCAUGUUUGACCGCCAGGACAAGGUGGCCCACUCACAGCCCAGCUACGUCAUCACACAGGACUACUAUGAACCCAGUAACCGUGCGACGACAACGUACCUGCCGACGAGUCUUCGCGAUGCCGCAGUGUGUGACGUGUGCCGAGACUGCUGCUAAAAAUAGACCUGUGACGUAAUGAACCCUACAAGAGUUCACUGGCAGACAGCCUCCUUGUUACAUAUAAAUAGCUGUAAAUAUUAG